UCGGUUUAGGUUGGAAGUGUGUUGUGGUUACAUUGACGAUGUCUGUUGCCUUCCGUAGGCGCGUGGGGAAACCAGGUGCAGCCGGUUUAUUACGGCGUGUUUAGCAUGCGUUGUUUUUACUCUUCAUUGUUUACUAGUGCGUGGACGAGAAAGUGUAUUAUGUGUAUGUGUCACGUGUAAUGGAUAAGUAAGUCCAUACAGCAACAAUGAUUCUACAUGGGCUGGGCUCCAGCCCGGAAGUGGGCGUACCGGAUAUGACCGUCAUUUCGGACAUCGAUGUGCUGGGAAUCAACAAGAAUCUUCUAGUGCGCUAUAGCCGGGACCAGAUAUAUACAUACACCGGAACAAUUUUGAUUGCUGUGAACCCUUACAAGGAACUGGACAUCUACACAUCGGAAUAUGUGUUUCGUUACCAUGGACAGAAGAUGGGUGCUCUGGAGCCUCAUGUGUUCGCCCUGGCAGAAGCGGCGUACAAAUCACUGCAGGCAUCAGAGAACUGCAAUCAGUCAUGCGUCAUCUCCGGGGAGAGCGGGGCGGGCAAGACGGAAACAACAAAAUUCAUCCUCCAGUACCUGUGUUCGGUCACCAGCAACGUCAGCACUUGGGUGGAGCAGCAGAUUCUCGAGGCCAACACCAUUUUGGAAGCUUUCGGAAAUGCGAAAACUGUUCGCAAUGACAAUUCAAGUAGGUUUGGUAAAUUUAUGCAGGUUUGCUUUGACAACAAAUGGAUGAUUAAAGGUUGUAUCAUUCAGGAUUAUCUGCUAGAACAGUCACGCAUCACAUUCCAGAGCCCUGGAGAGCGAAAUUAUCAUGUUUUCUAUCAACUUGUUGAAGGAGCCAAGAGCAACAAGGAACUGGCAGACUUGCUGAAGCUCAAGCCUGCAGACUUUUACAAGUAUCUGAAUCAGUCUGGUUGCAUAAAAAUAGAUGGUGUUAGUGAUGCAAAGAAAUUUGAUGCACUGAGAUUAGCUUUCAAUGUCUUGCAUAUUCCUGCUGAGAUGUGUGACGGCAUCUUCAGUGUUCUGUCUGCCAUACUAUGGCUUGGAAAUAUGGGGUUUGAGGAUAUAGAUGGGGAAAAAUGUAAACUGACAGAAGAGGACCAAGAAGUUCUGCAGACAGUGGCCUCUCUGCUAGGACUUCAGAUGGAGGACUUGGUGCAGGUGGCAUUGCUCAGGCAAAUUAAUGUUAGGGGUAACAUCACAGAGAUCCCUCUGAAACUUCAGGAGGCAAAGGAGAAUCGACAUGCUAUGGCAAAAGCCUUGUACUCUCGCACAUUUGCAUGGUUGGUAAAUCACAUCAACACAUGUACCAACCCAGGUCAAGAUUCAACGCGUUUUCUUGGUGUUCUUGACAUCUUUGGUUUUGAAAACUUUGCCGUGAACUCAUUUGAACAGCUGUGCAUCAACUAUACCAAUGAGAAGCUGCAUAAAUUCUUUAAUCAUUAUGUAUUUGCACUGGAACAGGAAAUAUAUCGACAAGAGGAGAUAGAAUUCUCUCACAUUCAGUUCACAGACAAUACUGUAUGUCUGGAGCUGAUUGAGAAGCCCCCAAGAUGUAUCCUGAAGUUGCUAACAGAACAGUGUCACAUGCCUAAGGGUUCGGAUCUAGCUUACCUCACAAACCUACACACAGAAUUUGAUGGGCAUCCUAAUUAUGUGAAAGGUGACGAUAGGCGGCGAUGGGAAAAGGAAUUUAGUAUCCAACAUUAUGCCGGCUGUGUGACUUACUGUGUUGAAGGUUUUGUUGAUAAGAAUCGUGAUGUGCAACAGGAUGUGUUUUUUGACUUCAUGAGUCGUUCCACCAACGAGUUUGUUCAAGAACUGACAAUGUACCAGGACCUUCUUGGUUCGACAGUAGCUCGGAUGGGUAGCACCGCUGGAGCCACUGUACCGAGAGGGACCAGUAAGGGCAAACCAACUGUCAGUGACACAUUCAGGCAUCAACUUCAGGCCCUUGUUGAUGUACUGCAGGCCACCAAUCCAUGGUAUGUGCGAUGCAUCAAGCCAAACAUGAAGAAAGCACCAAACAACUACAAUGAAAAGUUGGUGCUGGACCAGCUUAAAUACCUGGGCAUGCUUGAAAUCAUCAGAAUACGGAAGGAAGGUUAUCCAAUUCAUAUGACAUUGACUGAGUUUAUCCAGAGGUACAGGUGUUUGUACCGCAACAGACUUCCUUCUUGUGAUACUGAUGCUGUCCGAGCACUGCUAGAGGAACAGGGAGUUCCCAGUACAGAAUGGCAAAUUGGCAAAUGCAAAGUGUUCAUUCGGAGUAGGGUUCAUGAACCAUUAGAAGAUGGGCGCUUUAAAGUGGUUCAUGCCAUGGCAAUACGAAUCCAAAAAUUCUGGCGUGGCUACACAGUCCGGAUAGAAUUCCUUCGAACUCGGCAAGCCGUAUUACAGGUACAGCAUGCAUAUCGUGGUUGGAAGCAGCGACUGUUCUUCCUUCGACAACGCAGAGCAGCCAUAGUCAUUCAGUCACAUCUUCGUGGUGUUUUUGCAAGAGAGGUGGCUGCAGCAUUGCGUGAAAUGCGUCGUGUAGAAGAAGAGAUGCGUAAACGAGAGAAGCUCGAAGAGGAACGCAGGCAGAGGGAACUUGAACUGGACAAACAGCAGGCAGAGAAUGAUAAGAGAGCCCUUGAGGAUAGUGAAAGCAUGCAAUAUCAUGGUUUAGUAGGAAUGGAUAGAGGAGCUGCCCAGCAGGAGAUAGCAGCACUCUCUCAGAUGGCCGAACAACUCAAUUCGAAGCUUGCAGUUACAGAACAAGCAGGUGAUUCUGUGGAUCUGGACAAUCUGUUUGCUUUUCUGUCAGAUGUGCAGCCUAAUCGUAACCAGAUCAUAGAUGAGAUUGGUGAGAGGAUGAAUGAACUGGUUGAAGACUUGGAUGUGGAGCUUGAAACUGUGAUCCAGCAGGAGAGUGAAGGCCUGGCAACCUCUAACCCCCCUGUUCCACCAUGCAGUCUGGAUCUGCAGCUUCCGGCUCAGAGAAACAAUGGUGGCACAAAGUGUCUGGGGCUUCCUUCACUGCCAGAACCCACAGAACCUCCUCCCCCACCUCCAACGGGCCCCAGUGGUGUUCCAGUAUGCACUAAUGAUACAAGUCCUCCUCAGAACACUACAUCAGAACCCAUCUAUGAGUCUGUGCUUCCACGAGAUGAGGGGGGAGGUGGCUCCUCACCACCCCCACUUCCCACACCUGGACCACCUCAUAAGCUGCGCCCUAAAAGUCCUGGAGUUGAGCGGAUCCAGAGGGGAAACCACAGUCAUGCUGUGGAUAGGGUUCCCAGUCCAAGACCCAGACCAGGCUCUCCUAGCUGUGGUUCUCCGCGUCAUAGUCGACCAAGCUCCAGAGGAUCAUCUGUUUCUGGGGGCAUUCAGUCAUCAUAUUCUUGGCGAUACAAUGGGCAUGAUGAACCUGAGAGAGAGCAAAGGCGAAAGUUCCGUGUAGAGAAGAAAUUGCAAGAAUUGGAGGAGUUGCAGGACAAAGAGGCAGCAGCUGCAGCACUAGAUGACACUUACCAUGACAUUGUUGAGUUUGCACAUAACUACUUCAAUUCUCAUGAAAGAUCUCCUGAAGGUACAAUUAUGGCUACGCUUACUAGGAAGAACAGGUCAACAGAGAUUAUGCCAAAAUAUGAGAUGGUGACAUAUUAUCGAGGGUCUACAAUUCCUAAUUCACAUAUUCACAUGUAUGACCCAGAUAAUGUAAAUGUGGCAUGUUCCAUCUUCAGGGAUUUAUGUAAGUACAUGCGUGGAGAACUGAAGCCCGACUCGGAACUUCAAACUAUCCAGAGCAUUGUAGGUUAUGGUAUAGAGCGUGAAGAGUUACGUGAUGAGAUCUUUGUGCAGUGUAUGCGCCAGGCGACCAACAAUCCAAAUCCUGACUCUACAGAGAGAGUUUGGCUUCUACUGUGCCUCUGCAUAGUUGCCUUCCAACCAAGCAAACUGUUGUAUAAAUACUUUGUAUGCUUCCUGCGGAAGAGCUUACAACUAGAGGGAAAGUUACGGCAAUAUGUUCAGUGGUGUGCAGAUAACUGCAAGAAUACAAAGGUGUCAUGCAGGCAGUAUCCUCCUUCUACAGUAGAGAUUGCGGCAAUGCGGCGUUUAGGUACUAUUGUAUGCAGGUUUUUCUUCCUUGAUGGGCGUACAAAAGCAAUAGAUGUUCACCCAACAGACACAGCUGCCGAUGCAGCCACUAAAUUGGCAGAAAAGCUUGGUCUUCGAAAUCUGGAGGGUUGGGCCAUAUACCAGAGCCGACCGGAUGGGGAGGAGCAUGUUCGAGCACAUGACUACCUUUAUGAUGUCAUUGCAGCAUGGGAAAUGAAACAAUGUAAACUGGCCACCACCAAUACGUCUGCGUUUUCAUCGUUGAGUCGGCGCGGCAACAGUGCAACCUUGGGUAGUGGGGAGAACAGAUUUGUGUUCAAGCGACGACUGUUCCGAACAACCCGAGAACUUUCUCAGGACCCAGUGGAAGUGAAUAUGCUCUAUGCACAGGCUGUGUACAGUGUUGUUAAGUGUGAUGACUUCCCUGUGAAUGAGAAGGUGGCUGUUCAGCUAGCUGGGCUACAAGCACAAGUAGCACUAGGUGAACCCAAGGACAGUGAUCGGCUAGAGUACUAUUCUGAUGUGGAAACUUACCUACCUCAACGAAUAUCUCGGAGUCGCAGUGAAGAACAAUGGGUACCUAUCAUCGCUCAAGCACAUCGACAAUAUGGUGCCAGUCGGUCUGAUCUCACUGCCAAAGUGCUGUAUCUCUCAUGUGUGAUGCAGUACCCACUCUAUGGGACCACCAUGUUUCAAGUCACGUACCGUGGCUAUUGGUCAUACGUAUGCCAUUGUCGUGCUGCAGGUAACAGUCUGAUACUGGGGGUGAACUCUGAGGGACUGAUGCUGAUCAAACCAGAUGAUAAGUUUGUCUUGUAUGAGUACCGCUACCAGGACGUGGAAUCAAUCUUUCUGGACCCUAGUGACAGUUUCCUAACCAUAAACUUGAUGCGUCAGCAGCCUGACAAUAGUCAUCGUUGUUUCGUGUUUGAGACUGAGCAGAAGAAUGAGAUUGGCUCACUCAUUGUGAGCUACUGUCCUGCGCUUGCUGCAUGGAUUACAGAGAAUGAAGCACCGAUCAGGAAGGUGAAGGCAAUAACUAAUGAAGAUAGAAUUCGCCUUUAUCAUAAUCUGGUAAAUUGCCGCCGAACUCUUGUGGAUAGUGAUACUUUAAGGAAGCCACAAGACACAGGUGGAGGGUUCUUGAGAAACACAUUAAGAAGGUUGAGUAAACAUCGUUUGGAGAAACUCCGUCAGGAACACGGGUCAAGUACAGAUCAUGGAGAGACAUACAGGGGCUUUCCACAUGCAUACUGGGCAUUCAGUCGGCAGUCAAUUCCCCAGAGCCUUAGCAAGAUGCCAGAGGUGGAUGAGCAGAUGUCCUUGCAGGUUUUCCAAAGUAUUCUCACUUACGCUGGCCUUGGGCAAGAUGGUGAUGCAAUUCGCAGAGUAGAGGAUGAACAUGUGAACUUGAUCCAGUCCAUUAUGGAACGAUGCAUGCGCAAAGAAGCUCUGCUUAAUGAACUCUACCUGCAGCUUGUGAAGCAAACAACUGAUCAUCCAGACCCAAACUCCAGGGUGAAUCUACGACAUUGGGCACUACUCUCAUUGGCUUGUUCUGUGAUUCUUCCACCUCAAAAGACUGUUCGCAAAUACCUCAUUGCACAUCUGAAACGUUGUGCCAGUGACUAUGUCACUGAGGAAGGCAAAUAUGCCCGAUUUGCAGAAAAGUGCUUAUUUAAGACCCAAGGCACACGGCGACGCCAGUGGCCACCAUCACGCGAGGAAAUAAUGUGCACCAUUAACAGGCGGCCCAUCUAUGCGAGGUUUCAUUUCAUGGAUGGACAGUACCAUGCUGUUGAGUUUCACCCAUCAGCUGCUGCUAAAGAUGUCAUGGAGAUAGUAAAGAACAAGAUAGGCCUUCGUGAGACAGCCAUGGGUUAUGCUAUUUAUGAAGUUCUGGGCAAUUCAGAGCGCAGUCUUGUGCCAGAGGAGAAGGUGGCAGAUGUGAUGUCAAAAUGGGAACGAUACCGUUCAGCAACUGCUGCAGCAAACCAAGCAACUGGUACUGCAACCUGCCGUCGCCAGCAUCACCUCUUCCUCUUCAAGAAACAUCUGUUUCUAGACCAAUACAUGGAUCUGGAUGAUCCAGUGGAGAAGGAACUGCUUUAUCAUCAAGUUCUGCAUAGUCUUAGAUCAGACAGGUUUCCUGUUACAGAAAAUGAGGCAAUGAUGCUGACAGCUCUACAGGCUCAGUUGGAACUGGGAGACUGUGAUAAUGUAUUGGAGGACUACCGACCUGUGGCUAGCCAUUGUUUGCCACCAAGAUUUGUACCUAACAUACCGCAUGAAGGCGUAGCACUGCACCAUCAGAGCCUGCGUGGAAUGACGCCAGCUGAAGCAAAGAAAGCUUUCUUGAAUCUCAUUCAGAGUUGGCCACUCCACAGGGCUACCAUAUAUGAUGUAAUGCAAUCUUUUACGUCCAAUUGGCCGCGUGUGCUGUGGCUUGCAGUUGAUCAGAAUGGCUUGCAUCUCUUGGAGCAUCGGUCUCGGAAUGCCCUGUGCAUGUAUGAGUAUGAUAGCAUUCUGAGCUACAGUCCUGCUCUAAACUGCCUCAUGAUUAUCACCGGCAGUGAGAAGAAACAGAGCAAAGUCAUCCUCACAACAUCCCAAGCAUUUCAGAUUGCCAAUUUGAUUCGGGAGUAUACUGAAGUGCUCCAGCAGUCCCCUCAGCAAGUGAGACGCAGAGAUAACAAUGCAAAAAAGCGAAGUGGUAACACUAGUCGACCAGUUAGCAUCUUACACAAACCUGUGCCUGUCAUAGAUUCUGUUGCAAGUUAAAGACAAUCUGGAAAGUUCUUUAAGUUAAAAUUGCAAAAUUCUUCACAAAAGAGGCAAACUAAAAUAGUUAGCUAGACAGUUCUCUACAGACAUGUCCCAUGUUCUUGGAUGUGUCAUUGGAAUUGAAGUUGGACACAAUCUUGAGGUACAAUUAAGUGAUGGUUGUCAGGUACGUACAGUGUCUUCUUUAUUGAGACCAAGCUGAUGUUUGUCAAAUGAUUACAAUUCAGAGGAUUGCCAGAAUGACUACUCGAUCCUCAGAAGUGUAAUGAAGAUGCUUUGUUCAUGCAAUUUAAAGUGUCUGACAGCAUUAUGUGCAAUUUGCCUAGUCAUUGUAUAUGCAUGUAUGGUACUGCGUGUCUCUCUCUGCUGCUUGUAUAUCCUCGCUGUGCGAUGUGGUACUUGCAGCUACACAUAUGACUAAGUUGUGACAAAUCUUAUUUUAUCACUGUUGGAUUUGAGGUUCUUACAGUGGUGACCAUGAGGAGUACUGUCUUCUGGGAUUUGAUGCUGUGUGGUCUCGUAGUUCACCAUUGUUUCAGGGGAAAAUCAAUGAACUUCUACCAGACUUGAUGUCACAUUCCACAAUAUGGUGUUCUUUUUUUUUCUAUCAUUGAUUGUGAAAGCUGAAAAGAUGAAGCAUUGACAUCAGUAUGUAUGCGUUUAAUAUGAGUUGUUACAAAUUGCUAAUUAUUGGUAUACAGCUUCAUUCCUUCUCAUUCCAGACUUUUUUAUAUAAAUAUAUAUGAAUAUACAUUGUCAUGCAGUGUAACCAAUGAUAGUACAGACAACAAUUUAGUUUGUUUAAUAAUAAUCAAAAUCAUGUCCUAUCCACACGGUUAAGUUUGAAGAUGAUGCUUGCCUCUUCAUGAAAAAUGAUUCUCCAGCAGUUCAGAGAGGGAGCAUGUUUUGUUAAAGUCAAAAUGUAAAUAGAGGAUGUGAAAUGUGAGUGCAGUGUACAAAUACAGCAAGAAACUAUUGGUGUGUUCCUUAUUAAAAUUUCUAGGAUGUACCUAGCAAUUUUACUGAAUGAUGUUCGAUGCUAAUACAAAACAAACAUAUGACUGUGAAUCAGUAUACAGUAUUUAUACAUAAUUAUCAGUAUACAGUAUUUAUAUAUAAUUAUCAGUAUACAGUAUUUAUAUAUAAUUAUUAUGUAGACUAGUUCUAAGCCUCCUGUAUGUAAAUAUAAGUCAUCGUGCUUUAGAGCAGAAGAAUGUUAAAAUAGGGAUGAAUGGCAUAAAUAUUUAAUUCCAGCGGUAUGUAGUGUAUUAAGUCCAUUUUUUAAUCAUUCUUUGGAUUUCUUAUAAAUAUAUGUUCAAUUCCUUCUUUCUACUUUCCACAUAUGAUUUUAAUUCUGUAACUAAACACUGCUUUUCAAGCAUACACAGAUUGCUAUAUACAGGUACAUGUUACAUUCUUUCUUGUGUGUGUUACCUAUGAAUAUAACUCCACAUGCUGAAGGAAAAACCCAGGACCAAAAGUUCUUCAGUUAAUAUUUUCACUAAAGGAAUACCAGAAGGUGAGAAAAUUAUCUUUCUGAAUGAAAAUACUUAUGUGCACAAAGUAAGGAACUAAUUUAAAGAUCAAUUUUGUAUGUAAACUUCAGUAUUAAAAUAUCUGUAAGAAUGCGCAUAUAUGUAUGUCCUUGGAGGUUAGUUAAACCAAGAUAUCCACAUGGACUCACUGUUAUAUUCACUUGGAAAAGCAUGUCCAUUUCUCUGCAGCCUCUUUAUGAACAGCUAUACUUGCUAAUGUUACUGAAUUGUUAGCAACUAGGUUUAUAUAUAUUGCCAUUUUUAAAAUGCUAUAUGUAGCAAAGACUGAGAAUGCAGAUCUUAUUGUUUAUGCACCAGUGUUUCUAUAAUAGUUACCAGCCAGGGCAUGCAGAAGCCAAUGAUUGUCUGAGUUAUGAGCUAAAUCAUAUCCCAUGUCUUCAGUUGACUGUGACAUUUUUGGCCUACAGUCUGAAAUUGACUGGGGUAUGUGUAAAGUAUGAUUUUUAAAUCAUGCAGAAUUAAACUUCUUAAUAUUUUCUUCCAUGAUUGUGGGUAAAUUAAGUUCUAUAGUCAAUAGUGCACUUGUUUGGCAAGCACAGAGAUGUUUUUUUUGUGUUAUGUAUUUGACAUAUUCUUAGUAUCAUCAUGCAGGUUUAUUUGAAUUAUCUGGUAACUUAAUAUGACAUUAAACAUAACACAUAAAGAUUUGUUUCCUUUAAUCCCUUUAUAAGAUAUCAAGUGAUUAGUUUUAGUCGUUUAGUCAGUGGCAUGCAUUGCCUUGGUAAGAUCAAUUUUGGGCACUUUUUAAUCAUUUUGAUUAUUUAUUUAAGCUCUUGGUUUCACCAAACAAAAAUUAUGUAUGAAUGUACAAUGUCACACACAGUUAUGCUGACCUUAUUAACACUGGAAGUUUUCUGAUAGAGAAAGAAGGAGCCCAUAAAUUAUGUAAUUUACAGGAUUGCAGUUUCAGUGUUAAAUAUUUCCAUUCUUCUCUUGCCAUUAUGAGAUCAGUCAGACCAAGCAGGUAUACCAUGUCCCAUCUUUAGACAAAUAGCAUUUACUUCUAAUCAGAAGAGGGGACAAGUAGUAUGGAAGAUUUGAGGUUUUCACGCUGGUGAUUAUGAAGAAUGCUGUCUUCUGGGAUGUGGGGCCAUGUAGAUACUGU